AUGGGCGUCUUGGAAAAGAUACAAACGCUUCCAGCAUUUUUCUUGGGCGUAUUCUUUCUUUACUGGUCCCUUCCACUCGCCGCCUUGAUGAACAAGGUCAAAUUUCUGAAGCUGGCGGGCAAGAGGAAUGAUGCCUAUGGCUGGGGUGUGGCUCUUCAGCAGCUCUUUGGAGUCACCAUGCUGAGAUUGCCAGGCCCUCAGCUGGCUAACCCAUGUGGCCCUAUCAUCUUCCUGAGCAACCACCGGUCGUGGGCGGACUUCUAUUUGGAUGUGGUGGCCACGGAGGGCAAUGCGCAGAUGCUGAGCCGCAUGGCAGUAGCGCUCGUGUUCCCCAUGUUCAUGGGCGCCGUCUGCGUCAUCCGCUCUGUCAUCCUCUUCCAGCGCGGCCGCAAUCAUGAGAAGGAGGCUUUCAACAACAUGAUUGACAGGAAGAUGGCUGCAAGCCCAGUGGAUGGACUCAUUGUGUAUCCAGAGGGGCACCGCAGCACUCUCAGGCAUUCCCUGCCCCUCAAACGGGGCAUGCUGAACUAUGCAUACAUCAGAAAGAUACCUGUGCAGGUAAUUUUCUGUAAUGCUGUGCUGUGCUUGCUAUAG